UCGCACACUCUACGCACGCUCACUCUCAGCUGCUGGAGUCUACUGCAGUCUCUGCCCUGGAACCAACGAGGAAAAAGCUGAAAAAGAAAAGCGGUGCCAAACAAUUAUCUGCUUACCGCUGUGUUGCUGCCACAUAGGAUGUACUGGAAAAGGAAGUAAAUCGUUUGGGUUGUUUGUGUUGCUUUUAUCUGACCCCGCUUCUCCGUUCCCUCUGGAGUUUAAAUUGAGGAUUCUGGACUGAACGAAGACAAUGUGCGCCGGACUUAAGCCACUGUUGUCACUUUCAUGAGCUAAACACGGGACUUUGGAACAGGUGUAGUCCAGUGAGCCGUCCUCUGUGAGCGCGCGCGUGCGUGUGUGUGGUGCGUCCAGUCGGCCCGGGCAGAUAGAGAGCGACCGUGAGACCGAGAGCGAGCGAGCAGCCCGAGAGGAGCAGCCAUGAGCGCCGAGGCCACGCAGGGGGUGGUCACCAGCCCCCCCGCCCCCCUCGCCCCGCGGCCCGCCUCCGCGCCGCCCAAGGAGCGCUACUUUGACCGCGUGGACGAGAACGACCCCGAGUACCUGCGCGCCCGCAACAUGUCGCCCGACCUGCGGCAGGACUUCAACAUGAUGGAGCAGAAGAAGAGGGUCACGCAGAUCCUCCAGAGCCCAGCCUUUAAAGACGAGCUGGAGGGCCUGAUCCAGGAGCAGCAGAAUAAGGGCAAUAACCCCGCUGGCCUGCUGGCCCUGCGACAGAUCGCCGACUUCUUCAUGGCCAGCUCCAUCGCCGGCUUCUCUACCUCCCCCCUCAGUCUGGCUAUGGUCACUCCCAUCAACGACAUGUUUGGGACGGAGUCCACCACGCUGGUGAAGGGUGAGAAGCAGACGCGCUGCAAGCUGGCCAGCCUCUACCGGCUGGUGGACCUCUUCAGCUGGGCGCACUUCCCCACCUCCUUCGUCACGGUGCGGGUGAGCAAAGAACAAGACCACAUUCUCAUCAUCCCCAGGGGACUGUCCUUCGCUGAGGCCUCUGCGUCCAAUCUGGUGAAGGUGAACAUCAUCGGGGACGUGGUGGACCAGGGCUCCACCAACCUGCGCAUCGACCACAGCGGCUUCAGCCCCCACGCCGCCAUCUACUCCAUGCGGCCCGACGUGCGCUGCAUCAUCCACAUCCACACUCCAGCCACCGCCGCAGUCUCCUCCAUGAAGUGCGGGAUUCUGCCCAUCUCCCAGGAGUCCCUGAUCCUGGGCGACAUCGCCUACUACAACUACCAGGGCAGCCUUGACGACCAGGAGGAGCGCGUGGAGCUCCAGAAGGCCCUCGGCCCCUCAACCAAGGUGCUGGUCUUGAGGAACCAUGGAGUGGUGGCGCUGGGAGAGACUAUUGAAGAGGCCUUUCACUACAUCUACACUGCCCAGUUUGCGUGUGAAAUCCAGGUGAACGCCAUCUCGUGUGCGGGCAGCCCAGACAACCUGAUCGUGCUGGACCAGGAGAAGUACAAGGCGCGCACGCACGGGGUGGCCGAGGUGGGGGUCAACAUGGGCAGCCAGCACAAGUGGAAGGUGGGCGAGCUCGAGUUCGAGUCGCUCAUGCGCAUGCUGGACAACCUGGGCUACCGAACGGGCUACGCCUACCGGCACCCCAUCGUGCGGGACAAGCCGCGGCACAAGAGCGAGGUGGAGAUCCCGGCCACGGUGACGGCGUUCUCGUUCGACGACGACGAGGCGGCCACGCGGCUGCCCUUCAAGCUGCUCCAGCAGCGGCAGCAGCGCGAGAAGACCCGCUGGCUCAACUCGCCCAACAGCUACAUGAAGGUCAACGUGGGCGACAGCAACGGCUCCGAGAGCACCCCGCGCACCAAGUGGAUGAGAUCUGAAGACUCCAGCAUCAGCAGUGGUACUCCCAUCCGAAUCGAGGACGCCAACCAGUUCAUCCCCCUCAACACCAACCCCACAGAGGUGCUGGAGAAGAGGAACAAAAUCCGGGAACAGAACAGAUUCGACAUGAUGACCGCCGGGCCCCAGUCCCACAAGCUUGCGGGCAUCGUGAUCGAGAGGCCGCCGGGUGAGGGUCCAGUAAAGCCUUACACAGGGGAGGAUGAGGAGCAGACAGGCCCACUGCCACCCAACCCCUUCAGCGAGCUGUCCGAGGAGAUUGAUGGCAAACGCCCCGCUGAUGGCGAGCACGAUCAGCUAACCUCCGACGACGCCUCCACUCUCUCCCAGUCUCUCUCCCAGCCCCAGUCCCCGCAAAUCACUCCUGCUAAAGAAGAGAACCACACGGGCGUGCUGCUCAACGGGAAGGGCGAGGGCCACGGCGGCGAGCAGGACGAGCUCAACAAGCGCAUGAGCCAGCUGACCACCAGCGCCGAGAGCCUGAAGCCGCCGCAGGGCGAGAAGAUCGAGGAGGCGCUCUCGCCCGACAGCUCGCCCUCCAAGUCCCCCAACAAGAAGAAGAAGAAGUUCCGCACGCCGUCCUUCCUCAAGAAGAACAAGAAGAAAGAGAAGGUGGAAGCCUGAGAAGGGAAGAGGGGGAUAGAGUGAGAGUGAGGGAGAGAGAGAGUGUGAAAGGGAGGGGGUGAAGUGAGGGCAAGUUUGUCGUUUUCGGACACCCUCUUCACACCUUUAUUUUGUAGAGAUUAGGGGUGCAGUGGAGGUGGGGGCAGAAGGAGGAGUCGGGCCGAUUCCUCCGGCAUGGAAAUCUGAAAUGCGUGUAGUGGGUGUGACCUGUGGCAGUGAAGCAGUCGUUUUGUUUUGUUUUGUUUUUGUUUUUCUUCCCCCUCUUCCAGUCUUUGUACGCCAAGAACUUUCCACCACCCUCCUCCACAGUUCAUUUGGUAGCAUUUUUUUUUUU